UUUGUUUACUAGUUUGGUAGGCUUCGCUUCAUCAAAACAAGUUCAAAUAUACUAGUCAGUUACAGUAGUUGUCUUGAUAAAAAGCAUUUGUGUACUUAUUUUACAAUUAAAUCUUAACUAGCUAAUAACUUAUCAAUUGUACUUCCAUUUUAAAAGGCUGUUGACAUUUAAAUGUUUCAUUAAUAUUUUAUAAGUACAUAUUGUCAGUCUCUUUGUUCGUCUUGUGAGAAGAUUGCGACGUUGCCGCUCUUAUCAAGUGAAACUUUACGUCAAUAGAAAACUUUAAUUUCUUUUGAUUUUUUCUUUUAUAAUCAUAUACGUGAACAUUUUAUAAGCAUAUAAACAAUAAGUUAUGUACAAGUUGUUUGAAAUGUGUGAUUGUGAACAAUAUUCAUUGUCUGACGCAAUAACGGCUUGGCAACAGCGCGCGGAAUUGGACUGAACUCGAUCGCCCAAAUGUAUUAGAAAACUAAUUAGAGUUUUUCAAAUUCACAUCUCUUAUCCUUUUAUGAGGUAUUAGGCCUCCGCGCCCGGUCGCACAAAUCGACGGGACGACGAGCCUUGGGGGGAUCGGCGCUGGCAAUACGCUUGCUGCUUGCUCUGAUAUCUGCUUAGGUGCCGAUUCACCCUCUGCUCGCACCAAAGCCCGAUAAUGUUGAGAUCGGGCGCGGGUCACCCGGAUGCUGAAGCUGGCGCGUCGACGUCGUCUGGCCGUGCCGACAUAAGGCAUCUAUACACCACGCUCAACGAAUACCUACAGUUGGAGACGAAGUUUCAGCCGAGACUCUGUCUGCCGACUGACGGCGAGAAUGGUGAAGUUACGACUGGAGCGCGAGACGGCGCUGCGCACGUGCUCCGCUGUCUGAAAGUGUGGUUCGACCUGCCGGCGGACAUUCUCAUCAGCGCUAUCAAUCUCUUUGAUCGUUUUCUAACGAAAAUGAAAGUACGUCCGUGCCACGUGCCCUGCAUCACCGUGUCCUGCAUGAACAUCGCAAUAGACGAGUACGCUGAUACGAAGAAGCAGCCGCGCAACGUGACCGUCGAGGAGUUAGUGUCGGUGUCGCAGUCGGCGUGCACGGCGGGCGACGUGGCGCGCAUGUCGCGCGUGAUCGCGGACAAGCUGGCGGUGGCCGAGCGCUGCGCGGUGAGCGCGCUGCACUGGGCGCGCCUGCUGCGGGCGCUCGUCGUCGCCGCCGCCGAGUCGCUGGCGCUCCCGCACUGCUCUCUGCCGGAAAGCGAACUGAUCAACCUGUUGGAGAUAGCAGUGUGCGACGCUGAGUGUGUCAACGCUCGCACCAGCGAACUGGCGCUUGUUCUAGUUUACCAUCAACUAGAGAAACAUCUCGUGGAGUACAGUCGCAAAGCAACGGAGGGCGGAGCUCCGUUACCGGACGACGCGUACUAUCUCUACGAGUUCGCAGCGCAGUUGCAAGCUCACUGCAACAUGUCCGACGCGUCUCUGCUCAGCACGCGCACCCACGUGCGCGCCGUGCUCGCGCGCUACGAGGCGAGACAGGCAGCGCCGCACCGACAGCGCCUCGUGUGGAGGCUCUCCGAGCGCACGCUCAAGGUACUUCGUCCAACCGAUCGGUUGACGUCUCUACUGCCGACAAUCGAGGAGCAACACUUCGCUGUCGACGUAACUCCAAAACGCACCAGAACAGGAAGCGAAAGCAGCGAAAACGAAGAGACCUCGGACUGGCCGCGGAGCCCCGUCUUACCCGUCUACUGCGACAACUGAAACAUAAACAAUAACAAUUAACCGCGAAGGCUGAACUAUCGCUACCUUUGUUCGGUGAGAAGAAAAAGUAAAAUAAAAAAAAGUAGAAAUAACGGUGUGAAAGCUGAAUAACCUGCUACUUUUGCCUGGUGAGAAGACAAAUUAGGUAGAAAAAUUAAGAUCAUUAACUACUGAACAUCUAUCGACCGUCGCAAGCAAUGAAGAAAUAUAAUACUGCGGAGGAAAACUCGACUACUUAUUGUUCAGAACUCAGGAAAACAGUAGAAAACGGGAAAACGGAAGCCAUAAUAUCAUUUUCAUUAAGUACAAUGGCUGUAUGAUAUAGAGUCCUUGCUUUAAAAUAAAAAAAAAAAAACAAAAAAAACGGUAGCUAUUCAUAAUUUUACAAGGCAAGACAGGCAUAUUUUUAUUCAUAAUAAUUCUUAUUAUAAAUAAAAUUUUCUCAAAUGAAAAGUUUUUUACUGGAACAUCUCACAUGGCCAUAUAAUGUGUAAUAUAUGACAAUAAUAACAUUAUUGCCAUUGUCUAAUAAUUAGUCUUAGUUAAAUUUUAAAAUAAUAGCGAAAUAUUAUUUGUUGGGAUCCCACUUUUGCGUCGAGUCAAAAUUACGUGAUCCGCUUAAAAAAAACUACGGUUACAUAAGUAUAUUGGUCUUGUGAAAUAAAAAUACAAAUAAACAUUUUUAAUAUUUUUGGGUCAAAUUAUAAAUUUAAAAAAAAGAAAUGUACAUGUGUAAGCGUAGCUUUAUUCCGGGGAUUGGGAUGAAUCGAGUUUUUUUUUGGUCAUUUAAAAAAAUACGCGAGGCAUAUUAGUGUGAUUAUAGAUUCAUCAGUUCGAAAUUUAAAGAGGCCAUAUUCAUACAGCAUUCUGUGCUGUGGGAGAUAGUGAUAGGUUUUCUUGUCUUGCGCGGUGGUGUUGUAUGUUUAUGAAUCGAGCGUUAUUUUGUAAGAUUUUUUUAACAUCGGCGAGAGCAAGGCUGGUUUACCGCCAUUUUUAUCAGAACCCAGAGCUUUAUUAAUGUAAUUUUUUACUUUUUAAGAAAAAAAAAAAUAGUUUUGGCGGGAAAGAGCGUUGCUCUCGCCCGGUCCAUAGCUUUCGUACUGUGAUGAUUUUUGUAAAAACGAAAAAAAAAUAUUCCAUAUUUUAUAGUUGUAAGUGUUUAAAUGUGUCACAUAGAAUGAGUGAAUGAAACGUAAGAAAAAAAAGUAAAAAAAAAAUCCACCGAAUUUUUUCUUGUAAUUAUCAAUCAAUAACUUAGUAUUAUGAUAUUAUAUAGUUAGUAAAAUAGUUAAUUAUAAUAUAUUAUACUUCUUUAUUAUACUGACUAACUCCACGAGUUUCUAAUAAAUUAUUUGAAAUUAUUCAUUAAUAUAUCGUUGGGAUUUCAAAAUUAUCGUGUAUUCAUAUUUCCUUUAAAAUAUUGUAAUUCAUUUCAUUUAUAUCUAGUUAUAAAUCGAUAAAUGAAAAAAAAAAAAAAUUACAAAUUUAAAAAAAUAAAAAAAAAAUUGAUCUCACAUAAUUUUUCGUAGUAUAACAGUAAUUUAAACAAAAAAGCAAAAAAAAAUGUGUAGUGUGUUUUUUCUUUUUUUGUUAUACAAAAUAUUUUCAGAAAGGUGCGUUUACAAAUAAUGUAAUUUAAGAUAGCCAGAUAAAUGUUCUUUCCGUUUCAAUAAUUUGAUUUAUAUUACCUCUGACAUCAUUGUACUCUGUGAUAAACGUCUUAUGAAUAAUAUUGUCUUAAAUAAUUACGAUUGUACAAAUAUAAAUGACUCAUCUCUUGACAAACGGAAGAAUUUAAUAUUACAUAGUCAAAUCUACACCCUUUCUUCUUUCAACUAAAUACUAAUAGAUAAAAAUCUUGGUAUCCGAUUUAUUUUAAUAAUAAAAAAUGUAUUUAGGAUCGAAUUGUCAAUUCCUUUGAUCAUUUUCUAUAGUUAUUUAAAAAAAAAAAAGUAAAGUAGUUUUUUUUUAUUUGACAUGUAAUCCGUUGCAAUGAAAGUGGACCAUAGUGCUUUAUAUUACAAUAAUAAUAUUUUUUUCAAUAUAAUAAUAUCGCUCAAACUCUUGCCAAAAAUGGUUCACUUAGUCGCUGAAUCGUUCUCCAUUUUCUAACAUAAUAUUAUUAAUGAGAUUUUAUAUCAGAGUUUUCAUUUUAACUAUUACAAAGUAAAAGUAUUCAUUUGUCUCUUUGCAUUUAAAUAAAGAAUUGUAGAUUGUGUGCAUGAACUUUAAUUGUGUUAUAAUUUAUUGUAACGCGUCUUGUGAAGUGAAAAUAUUGAAAUCUCGAAUUAGAGAAUAAAAACAAAAGUAACGACUCUUGA